AUGCAACAAGAACAAUCAAUUUAUACAAUUCAAGAAAGUAUUCCUGGUCGUAUUUCUGCAACAUCGAACGUUGAGAUCGAUGCAGUAAAACCACGGGACCAAGAAAAGAAUAAAAAUCAACAAAACAAACAAUAUCGAAUUACACAACAACCUGCUAAUUCCAAGAAUGUGGACGAUCACAAUGGAUCAUUUUUUAACAAUAAAUCAACAAUAAACAAGAAGAAAAAGAAACAAAGACGACCGCGUUGUUGUCGAAAAUCUUUACAAUCAGAUAAAAAACAGUGUGAUGAUUGUGGCACAUGGUUUUGUUGCAUUGACUGUGAUAGUUGUUGUUGUAGUUGCGGUAGCUGUGGUGACUGUGGAGACUAG